AUGUCAUCCUCAAAAGUCCGCACCGGCCAGCUCUGGGGCAAGAGCAAGGAUGAUCUGAAGAAGCAACUCGUGGACCUCAAGACAGAGCUAGGUCAACUCCGCACCCAGAAGAUCGCCGGAGGCGCUUCGUCCAAGCUUCACAAGAUCCACGACCUCCGCAAAUCCGUCGCCCGCGUCCUCACCGUCAUCAACUCCAACCAGCGACAACAACUACGCAUCUUCUACGCGAAGAAAAAGUACCUCCCUCUCGACCUACGUCCGAAGAAGACCCGGGCGAUCAGGAGGCGGUUGAGCAAGCAUGAGGCGACGAUCGUGACGGAGAAGCAAAAGAAAAAGUCCACGCAUUUCCCGCAGAGGAAGUAUGCGGUCAAGGCUGAGGUUUAG